UGCAUCUGUUGGUUACAAUGUUUGCUGUGCAGCUGGCUCCCACCUAGAAUGCUCAAGAUCACUACUUAGAAAUUGAAGAACUGAAGGAACGCCCACACACGCCUGGGGCUCUCGGGGCCGGGCGCAUCCUGCUGGUGUCGCGCGUGUAUACGUCACUUCCUCCCCGGAAGACACUCUUUCUAGGGGAACCACUCAAAUUCCUGUCACUGCUCAGACUCCCUCCGUGGUGGAUAUGGCUUUGCCGCCCUACUUCGCCCCAGGUCGCGCAGGCCCUCCGCCUCCGCAGCCGCCGCCUCCCGCUCCCUUCGGCUGUCCGCCACCGCCGCUGCCCUCCCCGGCUUUCCCGCCGCCUCUUCCCCAGCGGCCCGGCCCCUUUCUGGGGGCCUCCGCCCCCUUCCUCCAGCCCCCGCUGGCUCUGCAGCCCCGGGCCCCCGGGGAAGCCUCUCGCGGCGGCGGCGGUGGCGGUAGCGGCGGCGGCGUCUUCUACCCGGUGCCGCCACCGCCCCUGCCUCCGCCGCCGCCCCAGUGCCGUCCCUUCCCGGGGACCGACGGUGGCGAGCGGUCGCGGCCGCCGCCGCCAGGCCCGGGGCCGCCCUGGAGCCCGCACUGGCCUGAGGCGCCGCCACCGUCCGACGUGCUUGGGGAUGCGGCUCUGCAGCGCCUGCGUGACCGGCAGUGGCUAGAGGCGGUGUUCGGAACCCCGCGGCGGGCCGGUUGCUCCGUGCCUCCGCGCGCGCCCGCCGGGCCCAGUCUGGGCGAAGUGCGCGCACAGUUGCGCGGGGCUCUGCACCUGGUGCGGCGGCUGCGUGACCUGGGCCAGGCCCUGCGCGAGGCCGAGGCCGAUGGCCCGGCCUGGGUGCUGCUGCAUGCCCAGGCUGCGCCGCUGCGCGCGCAACUCGCCGAAAGACUACAGCUGCUGACCCAGGCCGCCUAUGUGGGUGAGGCGCGGCGGAGGUUGGAGAGGGUCCGGCGCCGCCGCCUGCGGCUUCGCGAGAGGGCCCGAGAACGCGAAGCCGAGCGGGAGGCUGAAGCCGCGCGGGCGGUGGAGCGCGAACAGGAGAUUGACCUUUGGAGGGUCAAGUGCGUGCAGGAGGUGGAGGAGAAGAAGCGGGAGCAGGAACUUAAAGCUGCUGCUGAUGGUGUCUUAUCUGAAGUGAGGAAAAAACAAGCAGACACCAAAAGAAUGGUGGACAUUCUUCGGGCCUUGGAGAAAUUGAGGAAGCUCAGGAAAGAGGCAGCAGCAAGAAAGGGUGUCUGUCCCCCAGCCUCAGCAGAUGAGACUUUCGAGCAUCAUCUUCAGCGACUAAGAAAACUAAUUAAAAAACGCUCUGAAUUGUAUGAAGCUGAAGAGAGAGCCCUCAGAGUCAUGUUGGAAGGAGAACAAGAGGAAGAGAGGAAAAGAGAACUAGAAAAGAAACAGAGGAAAGAAAAAGAGAAGAUUUUACUUCAGAAGCGUGAAAUUGAGUCCAAGUUAUUUGGGGAUCCAGAUGAGUUCCCACUCGCUCACCUCUUGCAGCCCUUCCGACAGUAUUACCUCCAAGCCGAGCACUCCCUGCCAGCCCUCAUCCAGAUAAGGCAUGAUUGGGAUCAGUACCUGGUGCCAUCUGAUCAUCCCAAAGGCAACUCCGUUCCCCAAGGAUGGGUCCUUCCCCCGCUCCCCAGCAACGACAUCUGGGCAACGGCCAUUAAGCUGCAUUAGUAAAGAUGCUCCAGGAUUGUGGUCCAGCCAUGGCUCUUUCCAGCUCUUAAAAACGAGUGAUGCCACCAUCUUCUUAUGCUGUAGACUAAACCACAGCCUCCAAACUCCAUAUGGCAUUGCCCUACCCAGAAGUUAUGUUUUCCUUGUGUGCUCUGUCUUGGCCAGAGAUGCCUCUUGAAUCAGGAGAUUAAUAUGGUUCUUCAGGAAAGGACCUAGGUGAACUGGGGUUAUUACAACAGGCAGUGGCCUUGGUUCACCAAAUUUGCCUCUGUUUUGAAGGGGCUUGGUCCAGAGUGACUUGUUCAUUUACUCUCAACGGCCUUGUGUGUGAUGGGUAAGUAUGCUCAACACAGGCGUGCACUGGGUAGACUUAGCAGCCUUUUCCCCGGUACUGAGUGUGAAGGCAGACUUGAUGCAAAACCUCCAUAAUCUCCCUAACCAGAGAACUCUCUGACUUCCAGGAGGAAAGGUCAGAAAUGCCUUAUCUUUGGUUUGUGACUCUUGAGAGGCUGCAGGCUGCAGGCGAGGCUGCCAGAAAAGCUUGGUAGAAUCGUCUGGUGGUCCUGCAGAGAACUUGGAAAACCUCUACCCAUAUCAGAUUGUGUUUUAAUGGAUAACGGCUGCAUUUUCCUGUGUUAGUAGGAUCCUAACAAAAACACAUGGUUUUUAAGUUCCCAGAGGUCUAGAGGUGCAGUAUCCCCAUUGAUAGACAUUUAUUCCCUAUGGGAGUCGGACCAUAACUUCACUCAGUCACAUUAUAGGGGCCGGUAUAGCUGUGGAGUUUACUUAGAAACUCAAGCUUCCAGAAGCACCCAUGUAGUUAAAGCUGGGAGGAAACAGAUAAAAAUCAAAUUAAUUUUAUUAUAUUCAUUAAUAAAUAUUGUUGUGCCUGGAAAUGAUCGAUCAUAUAACAUGUCAAGGGUUUUAUUUCAUUUUGCUCUUUGUCAUCUAUUGUGUUAUUUAUAUUUCCAACAAGCUGAAUAAAUACCAUUUUUAUUUUUUAGCUUGAGCCUUUGCCCCCAUAUUUGUUGCCUACCAAAUCACUACACACAUUUUCGCAUUGACAAAACACAUUCUCACCCCAAAAUGCAAAUUUGUAAAAUAGACAUUUGCUAUAGGGAGGUAAACCUCAAGCACCAAACUUAGUGGAAUCCAACUCAGGGUAAGCAGGAAAGGACACCAGCUUAGGAAAUGAUUUCAUGUAGUUGGAAGCUCUGGGGUGCAAGAUGCUGACACCUUUGUUCAUUUUGGUUAAAUCUGCACUGUUAAAUUUAUAUAUUUUGCAUUUGAGAGUUAACAGAUAUGCCUAAGUAUGCCUAAGCUCAUAAACCUUAAAAUCUAAUGCGAUUAGCCUCACUUAACCCCAUAGGCCUGUGUGUCCUUUUGCUCUCUGAUGAGAUACAGAAAGAGUAGAAAUAAAAGAUGAAUUGUAUGAUGUGUUCAGUGUCCAGGCAGCCUUGUCACUAAAACAUCUACAUUGAGAGGCGCACAAGUGUGAGGCAGAGAUUCAGGAAAACUCAGCAGAACGCAAGGGGCAUUUAACCCCAGGUGGAAAAAACCAUCCCUCCUUCCUCGUUCAGCUUCCUCAAAGUUUUAAUAAAGUAAAUGUUAUUUCUG